GUUUCCCGGUAGACUUUAUUUGGAUACGACUACGUGGAGUGAAUGCUUGCAUGGUUUUUGAUCGUGUUUUGUUUUCUGUUUGCAGCGUACGAUCCUCGACCACGUAAAGCUCGCAACGAUAUAUCUGUGGGUCUACGUGCGAUUUGGGCGAGAGGAUCCUUGUUUUGGCCAAGAGUUAUCAAGUCGUCUUGUAUUCGUUCACCGUCACGUCUGGAGAUGGGGAAAGCGAGUUGUCGAUUUCCGAAUUAUUCUGACUCGUUCGGGGUGAGUGGUAUAGUGCCGAGCGAAACCGAGCCUAUCCAGAUUGAUGAAGAGCCGGAGCAGGGAAUUGUGCAGCCGCAGUUGGUGGCUGAGCCGCAGCAAGACGUAGGUCUUGACGUUUCGGGGAGAACUGCGGUCGAUCCUGGCCGUCGAGCUGUUAGCGAGGACAGGGCGGCUAGGGUCUCUGCUGCUCGUUCCGGGAAGAAGAAGGUGUCAGGUUCGACCAACGAGGCCGCCUUUCGCGUACCCCCCGAUGUUGAUGUUUCCUUACGUAGGAAGGUUUCUCAUGGAGGCAAUUCGCGGGAAUCUCCUGCUAUCUCGAUCAGUGCCGGAAACGCUCUCGUUGAUUUUUACGAUCGCCGAGCGAAGGAUCUUGAGCAGGAAACGGUCGCCCUUAAAGCGGAGAACAGAACCUUAGGUUUUUCUGCGCAAAAUCGGUUGCGCGCGUUGAACUCGGAAAAAGGAAGGGUCGGAAGUCUCGAGGAGCAGAUCGAAAAGCUUACGGCACAGCUUAAGAAGGCUACUGCCGAGGAGACUAGGCUAAGGGACUCGCGUACUUCUGCUGUUCGUCACGAACGAAACCGGGCUAAGGAAAAGAUUACCAAGUACACUGCCCGAAUUGAGAGGUUAAGGAGGCACAUCCUUGAUUGUCGGGCCGCGCAAGAUCCUCUGUUCAUGCAGUGCCAAGCUACGGGUACUCGGAAGUGCCUAAAGAAGUUUAUCGCCGAGGGCUUGGCAGUCCCGGACGAGAAACUGGCGGCGCUUAAAGCUGACAAGCAUAAAUGGCGUGCGACGGUUGAGUCGCUAACGAUUACCGAUCUUUGCGAUGAUGAUCUUGAUCCUUUUCCGGAAUUGGCGGAUGAUGCGCCGGUGGAGGUGACCGAGGCUGGAGUGGAAGGAGAUGGUGCUUAGGUUGCUGGUGCCUUGGUGAUCUCUUUGAGUAUGAGGAUUUGAUGUUCGCUAUUUCUUCUUUCA